AUGACUGCAUCUCAGGAGGUGGUUAUAGCCCGCCGCCUACCGGAACCUACUUCGGCCACAUCACCGCAGACCAGUUCCAUGGACACAGCCAAAAAGUGGGCUGCUUGGAGUUCACACUGGACGUCGACGCAUACAUCGAAACGCGUUAUGGUCGGCAUGCUGCAUGGAGCACGACAUGCCCGAUCACCAUAUUCAGAUGCUACCCGGCACAGUGACGAGUCGGUCACCGGGACAGUGAUCGACGAGAUCGGUUCCGCAAAUCCGGGCUACUACAGCAAGGUAUUCACCUCUUCAACUUUUGCGACUGGCACCCAGAUCAUGAUGUGCGAAGGCAGGGAUAAUUCCAUAUGUGCCAUCACUGUUGACUAUAUCAAGAUAUAUGGAAGUACGGCGCCGACGCCAGCACCGACGUUGUUGCCGACUCCAACGCCGACGCUAUUGCCGACGCCCGCGCCAACCUCGCCACCGACGCCCCCUCCAACUUCGACUGUCAUUACACCUGCUUUGACGGAUUACACUGCUUUCGACGAGGCUGGGGGGUCCUCUAAUUGGGCCAUCUCGGGCAGUCUGUUCACCGAGACAAGCAACAUUCACGGAGGAUGGUAUUGUAGCGCGGACCAACUAGGAACGAUUAACUUCGCAUCCGUAGCUGCAUCCGAUUAUGAGUGGAGCGUGGACGCCGCAAGCGCGGACAACGAUGCCGUCGGCCUUGUGUGGCGCGUGGCUGACACCAACAACUUCUACAAGUACUCACACACCAACGAUGGUGGUGGGUGCCGCACGGUCUAUCUUAUGGGCGUGGCCGGCCGGCCCUCCGCGCAGGCCCCGCCGGCUGUCCGCGGAGGCCGUCGUCGCGUCGGCACCGCCGACCCUCGGAGGCAGUCGUCUCGUCGGCACCAUGGGCGCGCCGCCGGCCCAGAAGCCCAGGCCCGCGAGGUCGUGACCGCUUCAGAGUGCUGCCUCCUUCGCUACGUCUCGUCAGCGGGUCACCCUGCUCGUGUGGUGUCCCUUCUGCUCCUCCUCCGCGUGCUCCUGGCCCCUUCUUCUACCUCUCCCUCAGUCCUCGGCCCCAUCUCCCUCGUCCUCCCGCUCCUGUUCUUUCUAUGUCAUCGUCCCGAGCCUCUUUGGGGCCCACGCUGUAGUCGCUCCUUCGGGCUCAGGCCAGAGAGCUUUCGACUGCUUGCGCGCCCGCGCUUCCUGUGGGGCGCAACCCAGCCUGCCCCCGACGCCAUGGUCAUCCCACUCCCGCCCGGCAUCAUGCCGCCAAACUUAGAGGGACCUUGGCCACCCGAGCUGGAGGGCGCGGCUUGGAAGCUGAAGGUCUGCGUACUUUUGGCCCUCGCAAACGUUCCGCUCAAGUUGGUGAUUGGCAUUGCUGUGAAGUCGUAUUUCAACCUUGACAUCUCCAUCAUCGGGAUGGUUUUUCAGGUCUUGCUGUACCAAGUCCCCCUCGUCCUCUGCGGCGUACUCAUGCUCAAGAACGAUCGAACCAUCGCUCCAAUAUACCAGUGGCUCUCUCAGAAGAUGCUUCCAGACUAUUGGAGAGGGCUUGGCGACUUGGGCUUUCUGAUGCCUUUCGUAGUGUUUAACGGGAUAUCCCUGUUCAUGGGCUUGCUGAACGAACAGGGGCUCGCGACUUUUAUCUCCGAGGUCUUCCAGGCGGGCACAUGGAGCGAUCCCACUGCGGGGUCCCUCAUGCUGGCCUCCCUGCUGGACCUCAUCCUGGGCUGGGUCGUGCAGGGCUGCUCGACGUACAUCGGCUGGGGCGCCUACAAGCAUAGGGCAGCAGGCGCUGGCACGCGCCAGCGCCUCACAGACCGGCGACGCGUGGCCGGGGCAGAGGACCGCCCCCGGCCGGGAGCCCUUGCUCGGCCAGCCGCAGCCUCUCGGCGGAGGCAGUGCCGCCGCUCCGGCGGCAGGGUUCCGGCCGUUCGGCGGCCAGGGGCAGACGCUGGGCUCGAGGUGAUGGCGGCGCCCCAGGCAUCGAAAGCGGCAUGA